AUGGCGACACAAGGUCCACCGGGCGACUCCCGCCCCAUUACCCCGACGCCCUCACAACUCCCGCCCGUCCCCGCGUCGCCAGUCUACUCCCUCGCCUCGACCGCGAACCCCCUCUCCUCCUACCACCUGCCCCUCCCGCCGCCCCCGCAGCCCGUCCACGCCGUCCUCACCAAAUCCGACCUCGAGUCCUCCCAGACGGCCUACACCGACCUCAUCCAGACCGCAAAGGCCUACCGCAUCGCCCUCGCCUCCCUCUCCACCGCCGCCUCCGCCUUUGGCUCCGCCCUCGAGUCCUGCGCAAGGCUAAAAGAAGCCCGCGCCGAGUCCCUCUCGGGCGGCGUAAACGGCCUCUCGGGCGGCGGCGGCGGCGGCCUUCUCUCCGCCAGCUUCACCGCCGGCGGGCCAAAGGGCUCCUGCACCGCCGACCUGCUCAUGUCCGCCUCGGGCGUCCACCACCUUGUCGCGAACCACCAGCAGAUCCUCUCCGAGACGGUCUACCGCGACUUUGAGGUGCCCCUUCUCCACGAGCUCGAUAAAUGGCGGCAGCGCGUCGACGACGAGGAGGAGGCCUACGUGCGCGAGGUGAAGGCCCGCAACGCCGAGAUCAGGAAGCUGGAGAAGGAAGGGCUGAAGCUGCACAAGCAGCGCAGGCGGGACGUUGGCAAAUUCAGGGCGCACCUGGUGGACCUGACGACCAAGCUGGACGGGCUGACGUCGCUGCACGGGGAGCACGCCCGGACGCUGCUGCGGGAGAGCCAGGACACCAGCGGGCGGAUCCUCGAGACGUCGUGUAGUCUCGUCCGCGCCGAGGUGGACAUUUUCGAGUCGCUGGCGCGCAAAGGGUGGAGCGGCGGCGGGCUGGACGAGCUGUUGGAAAAGGGGGCGGAUCUUUUCGCGAGCGACGAGGUCGGGGACCAUUCGGGGCUCGGUAGCAUCAUUGGCGGCGGCGGCGGCGGCGGUAACGGUGGUGCCGGUGCCGGUGGCGGAUCGGCCGAGACGGCGAAGCUGUUUAGCAUCCUCCCGCCCAAGAGCAUCCUCGCGGACGCGGCGUCGGAUAUGACGAGGCGGGGGGGCCACGCGCGGGGCGAUAGUCUCCUGAGCGACCCGGAUCGGUACCAGAGUCUUGCGGCGGCCGCGGGGGCGUCGCCUGGUUUUGGCGGGGACGACAAUGAUGGCGAUAGUAUCUUUUCCGAGACGAAUUUCAACCGGCCCCGGGGCGUGAGGCCGUUUUCGCCCCAGCCUAUUCGGCGGCACGCUACCGACGUCACGUUUGAUAGUCUGGGGGUCGGGUUGAGUGAGGAGUCGAGGGGCGAGGAAGAUAAGAGCGCCGAAGAGGAGGAGAGGCGGCAUGAUGUGCUCAAGGAGGAGGAGGAGGGCGAGGUUGAGACUCCGAACGAGCAGGCGAAUUGGGGCGACGAGCCGGCUGACGACAAGAGUCCUAUCACAGAAGAAGAACAAGAAGAUGGUGCGGCGGCAUUUGUAGGAGGAGGGGAAGGAGGAGGAGGAGCCGCCGUCGUGGAGGAAGCUGAGGGAGACGCGGCGGACAUUGCAAAUGGGUCGGAGGAGAGGGGACGACCGGGGAGGCGGUGGAGUGUAAACGAAGAGGACGCGUAG